CUCCACUUGUCGGAUCUCUCUCUCUCUCUCUCUCUCCCUCUCUCUCUCGCCCAUGUACCAUCUCCAUGGACGACCUCGCCGCCGCCUCCCCUCCUCACCCGCCGCCGCCGCCGCCGGAAUCCCACGUGCCUCCGCCCCCGCAGACGCCGGAGAAGGAUUCAUGUGAGGAUACAGGAGACAUGAGGAUCAGUGAAGAAAAGCCAUGCACAGAUCAGGAGUUAGAUGCUGAUCAGAUGAAUAGUUCUAGCUUUAAUAGUUCCAGCGAGUGUGAGAAUCAAACACCUAGCAAUGAUGAAAUGACUGGAUCAGAGUCCAAAUCUGAGGCAGCUCAAACAGAGGGUGGUGGAUCGAGUGAAGAGAAGGUCCUGAAGAAGCCAGACAAGAUCCUGCCUUGUCCUCGUUGCAACAGCAUGGAUACAAAGUUCUGCUACUACAACAACUACAACAUUAACCAGCCAAGACAUUUUUGCAAGAGUUGUCAGAGAUAUUGGACGGCAGGUGGAAGCAUGAGGAACCUCCCUGUUGGUGCUGGUAGGCGCAAGAGUAAGAGCUCCACUGCAAAUUACCGCAGUAUAUUAAUCACGGGCAGCAAUCUAGCUGCUCCUGCUGGAGAUGCUCCCCUCUAUCAACUCUCUAUAAAAGGAGAUCAAACAGCAACGGCAGUUAAAUUUGCACCUGAUUCCCCACUCUGUAAUUCCAUGGCCUCUGUGCUGAAAAUUGGAGAGCAGAGUAAGAAUGCCAAGCCUACCUCAACAGCACAACCCAGAAAUGGAGAAACCCAGACCUGCCCGGCUUCAGGAACAACUUCAGAUAGUCCCCGGAAUGAACCAGUUAAUGGAGCAGUUAGUGGGCAUCAAAAUGGAAUUGUUGGGCAUAGUGGAGUCCCUCCCAUGCAUCCCAUACCAUGCUUCCCUGGUCCUCCUUUUGUGUACCCAUGGAGUCCAGCAUGGAAUGGCAUUCCUGCCAUGGCACCACCGGUAUGCACAGCACCAGCUGAACCAGCAAAUUCUUCAGACAAUGGAAGCACAGCUAGUGUUCAGUGGAGCAUGCCACCAGUGAUGCCGGUACCAGGAUACUUUCCGGUAAUUCCAUCUUCAGUUUGGCCCUUCAUUUCUCCCUGGCCAAAUGGUGCAUGGAGCUCGCCAUGGAUUCAACCUAAUUGCAGCGUGUCAGCUUCAUCUCCUACAAGCACUAGUACAUGUUCAGACAACGGCUCUCCUGUCCUAGGAAAGCACUCCAGGGACUCCAAACCGCAAGGAGAUGACAAGGCAGAGAAAAACUUGUGGAUUCCGAAAACGCUUCGGAUCGAUGAUCCUGACGAAGCUGCAAAGAGCUCAAUCUGGACAACCCUUGGCAUUGAACCUGGUGACCGUAGCAUGUUCAGAUCAUUCCAGUCGAAACCUGAAAGCAGGGAGCAGAUAUCCGGUGCUGCACGAGUCCUGCAGGCGAAUCCAGCAGCUCUAUCUCGAUCUCAAUCUUUCCAGGAGACAACGUGAUGUAUAUUGAAGAAAUCGUGUGACAAUUGUAGAACAUGUUACUACUAUAAUUUAAGCAAGUGCUACAGCCUGAAGGAUGAUUGGCGAUGUAGGCGCUGCUGCAAACAUGGAGGCAGCGUGAUCUGUACUAUUGAAACCUGAAGAGUACUAUUCUUGACAUUUUUCUAUAAUUUGCCUGUGGAGCAUGCACCAGUCUACUGGGUUCAUGAUCAGGCUGUCAGCAUAUGUUUUGUUGUACAAUAAUAAUAAUUGUUAAUAGCUUUGCCUAAAGGAUACUGAUAGUAUUCUGCUGAUCCUUCAGCUCUGUGAUCAAUGGCCCAUAUAUUUACCUGACAAGUUUCAGAAAGGAAAAAAAAAAAGAUCUGCUGCCUGACAAGAGGUUCAACUCCGAAGAAAUGGUUAGCAUUUUUGUA